GCCCCACCCUAAGCUUCCGUGUUCUGAGCUUCCUCUCGGGCUUUACUGAUAAUACAUGCGUUUUAGAAACUUCUUUCUUCCUAGAAAAAACAGGGAGAUUAGGGUCUUAGUGACCUGGUGAAUCUUUGACUCUCCUUGUGUGGCUCUGCCCUCUUUAGGAUUUGCUCCCAAUGGCCUGAGGCUAGAGAUGGCCACUUCAUCCCACCAAGGAGUCGCUGGAGGAAGCCAGGUGGAGCCCAGAAGCUGCAAGACAUCGAUAGGACAGGGGGAAGAACCAAGCACCAGCGGGGACCAGGAGGACAAUUUCAAGGGGAGCCUGGGAACAUCCACGCUGCGGCUCCUGCUGUUAGAACGGGGGCAGGCAAAAGCGGCCACAGGAAACACCAUUCUGGGUAAAGCCGCGUUUGAGUCCAGGUUCAGUGACCACAUGGUGACCAACCGGUGCCAGAGUGAAAGUGUGACCCUGAGAGAGAAGCGGGUCAUUGUCCAUCGACACCCGGAUCUUUUCUCCUCACUGUCCAGUGCAGAGGUCAGGCAGCAGAACCUGCAGCAAUGCUUGGAGCUCUUGGCUGAUGGUCUCCACGCGCUGCUCCUGGUCAUUCCCAUUGGCCACUAUACAGAGGAGGACAGGGAGACCAUUAAGGGCAUCCGUGCUGAGUUUGGCCCUAAAGCCUACAGUCACAUGAUUGUUGUCUUUACUCGGGAAGAUGAGCUGGGUGAAGACUCGCUGAAGGACUACGUGGAAAGCAAGAGCCCUCUUAAGGAGUUUCUUGGAAACGUUGGAGAUCGAUACUGUACUUUCAAACAACAAGGUAGACAGGAAGCAGCGGGAACGCAGGCGUCCCGGCUCCUUGAUCUGACUGAACGGUUGGUGGAGGAAAACCCAGAGCCAUAUUCGUGCCCUUGACAAUUGGAAGUCAGUGGAGUCCAGGUAGACUGGUGGGAGGAAGGUAGUCCUAAAUUAGUGAACUAUCUUGUGUGUUUUACAGGCUUUGUAGAGCAGUUCACAACUGUAUUCAACAGCAGAAGGAGACACUGGGUCUAUUUUUUAUUUUUAUUUUUAUUUUUUUGUCUCACAGGUACAAAGAGAAAGAGUCUCAGCUCACAGGACCUGCUGAGGCUUGUGGAGAUGCCAGAACUGAGGGUCCUCCUCAUGGGGAAGCGUGUUGGGAAAAGUGCGGCAGGAAACAUCAUUCUGGGGGAAGUGGCCCUUUAGACUCAGUAUUCAGUGAGCAGCAAGGUCACCAAGGACUUUGUCUCCCAUAGCAGGAUCUGGAACAGGAAGAAAUUCCUGAUCAUUGAUUCUCCAGAGAUCGCAUCGUGGAAGCCGGAUGCAGCUGAUAUCAAGAUCACCUUUCCAGGUCCCCAUGCCUUCCUGCUGGUACCACUGAGCUCUUUGAUGAAGACUGACAACAAGAUGUUCAACCCCGUCAAACAUAUUUUUGGAGAAAAAUUCACCAUCACAAUUAUUCUCUUUACGAGGAAAGAAGAUUUAGAGGAUCAGGCUCUAGAUGAAUUUGAUAAGUAAAAUAGUGAUCUGCGGGACAUCAGCUUGAAAUUUGGAGAAAGAUACACCGCUUUCAACUACCGGGCAACUGUGGAGGAGGAGCAGGCCAGUGGACAACUCCUGAGCCAAGUCGAGAGCAUGGUGCAGCGCAAUGGCAACAAGCCUUGCAUCUUCAGAGAGAAAGAACUCUUAAACAUCAUCCUCUUAGGAAGGAGUGGUACUGGGAAGAGUGCAACUGGGAACACUAUUUUGGGGGAGACCUGCCUUCCUGUCUCAACUUGGAGCUCAGCCCAUCACAGUAGUAGCCAGAGCGACAGGACAACCGUGGACUGGCAGGAUAUUGUGGUGGUGGACACUCCAUCAUUCAGCCAGCUGCCUGAUCUUCAAAAGGAUCCUUCCAGGUUAAAGAAGGAGGUCAAUCACUGUUUAUCUCUCUGUGAAGAAGGAAUGAAGGUUUUUGUCCUGGUACUCCAGCUGGGGCGGUUCACCCAGGAAGAUGAGGCAGCGGUGGAACACCUGGAGGCCAUUUUUAAAGAAAAAAAUAUGAUAGAUAUGAAAGAUAUGAUUGUGUUGUUUACACGGAAGGAAGAUCUCGGGGAUGGAAACAUUCAUGACUAUACUAGUAACACAAAGAACAAAGCCCUUAGAAUACUUAAGAAGUGUAAGGGGCGAGUUUGUGCUUUUAAUAACAAAGAAACCGGUCAAGCGGAGACCCAGGUGAAAGAUCUGCUGGCAAUAGCCAAUAGUCUCAGAGAUGACCAUUCUGAUUCAUGGGGCGCAUGUUGGCCAUCAAAUUAAAACAAAAAUUACUAGUGUAUUUAAAUAAUGAGCUCAAGUGAGCAAUCAAAAGGUCGGGACAUAGGGAUUGCCAUCAGACAGAGGCGGGUGGGAUAAGGGAUGGCGGGACUGGUGGGAUGGUUCCCCUCAAGAAAGUCCAUGACUUUAAAGACUGAAGGAUAAAUGCAUCUCAUGUUGGAUAAAGGUGUUUGGAUGAAUAAAUUGUCAAGUUAGGCCAAGCAGUAGGGAAUUGGAGGACAAAGAGAACAAGGUAGAGAAUAUUGGAAAUGUUUUGAAUAUCAAGAUAAUAUUAAGGGUCAAAACCAUGUUGCCAGGUUAAAACAGAGUCAGACUGACACCAUGACCAAGGCUCAGGUCAAUGUUGAAGCCCCAAUAAGAUGGUACCUCAAGAACCAGGGGAUCCAGACAGAUACACACAACACACACACACACCACACACACACCACGCACGCACGCACGCACGCACGCACGCACACACACACACACACACACACAUACAAACACAGAGAGACAAGGCCAGCAUUCUUGGGCAUGGUGGAAAGUGGAUAUGAACAUCAACAUUACAACUUCAUUCUGUCUUUGUGCCCAGCUUCACUAGUGUGAAAUUUAUUUCCUGGUGUUUUGUGCAUGGUUGAGAAGAUCUACUGGAAGUGCCUGAGUUGGACCAUAUGUGAGAUGAACAAUAUGAAACCAUCUCCAAAGUGUAUUAAGGAUCAGGCAUUUAAAAUAUCUGCCACUUUCUUAUGUACCUUGAGGAUAAGAUAAAUAACAUAUGUGUUUAGUUAGCUUCAAGAUUAACCUAUUGGUAGGAUAAUGAAGUCUCAGAAUUGAUAUGUUUUUGUUAUUAUACUUUACUUAGCCAAAAGGCCAAGAAGUGAUUCUGCUAUAAUUGAAUGCCACAUCCGUCUUAACACAGUAAUUUGUAGAAAGUGCUUGUAUAAGUAUAUUGAAUUGGGUGAGAUAAUAAAGAUGAAUUGGAAUUGUGGACUUCA